UCCAGGAGUCUGAGGUUGCUGUCAGCUAUGACGAUGUCAGUGUGGAUGACAGUUAAUUUUGUGCAGUUAUGAUUUAAUCCUGCAUCUCUAUGUUCGAUGCAUUUCUCUGCACUGCACGUCAGCAAUCAUAGUCUGUGUGCGUGCAUCGAUUCUGAUAAAUGUUUAAGUUGUUGCAAUGCGACCAUUUUAUGGCAGUGAACGAGAAGACAGAGGCGCCCACCCCUCCCCCGCGGGGCGGCCGGAGAGCCGGAGUCGCCGCGCGCCUGGGGCCGCUGGGAUCGCCGUGCUCGUGCACGGUGUGAGCCGGGCGGGCGGACAGCUGGCUGGCGCGUCGCUGGAGUCGCAGAGCCGGGUCCCCAGGCCGGGCCUGCACCCCCAAGGCCCCAACACCCGCAGGCGGCGCGGCAUGCGGCUGUCCCCGCGCAGGGCGCUGCUGGCGGCGGGCUGCGCGCUGGCGCUGGCGGCGGUGGCGCAGCUGGCGCUGCAGGUGCGGCGGUGCCGCGCGGCGCUGGCGGGCCCGCGCUGGGCCAUGCGGCCGGAGCGCGAGGAGCUGGCGCUGGUGGGCGCGGACCGCGUGGAGCACCGCUACGGCCACGGCGCGCCGCUCGUGUUCGUGGGCGGCGUGCCCCGCAGCGGCACCACGCUGAUGCGCGCCAUGCUGGACGCGCACCCCGAGGUGCGCUGCGGCCAGGAGACGCGCAUCAUCCCGCGCGUGCUCGCGCUGCGCCAGGCCUGGGCCCGGCCGGGCGCGGCGGGGGAGGAGGAGGAGGAGGGCGGCCCGGUGCCGGCCGCGGUGCUGGACGCGGCCACGCAGGCCUUCAUCCUGCAGGUGGUGGCCAGGCACGGCGAGCCGGCGCGCGUGCUGUGCAACAAGGACCCCUUCACGCUCAGGUCCGCCGUCUACCUGGCCGGCCUGUUCCCCGGCGCCAAGUUCCUGCUGAUGCUGCGCGACGGCCGCGCCUCGGUGCACUCCAUGAUCACGCGCAGGGUCACGGUGGCCGGCUUCGACCUGGGCAGCUACCGCGACUGCCUGGCCCGCUGGAGCCAGGCGGUGCAGGCGAUGCACGCGCAGUGCGCCGCGCUGGGCCGCGCGCGGUGCCUGCCCGUGCGCUACGAGCAGCUCGUGCUGCACCCGCGCCGCUCGCUCGAGCGCGUGCUCGCCUUCCUGGGCCUCGCCUGGAGCGACGCCGUCCUGCACCACGAGGACCUCGUCGGCCGGCCCGGCGGCGUCGCCCUGUCCAAGGUGGAGCCGUCCACCGAGCAGGUCAUCAAGCCCGUCAACCUGCAGGCGCUCAGCAGGUGGGCCGGCCACCUGCCGGCCGACGUGGUGCGCGACAUGGCCCGCAUCGCCCCCAUGCUGGCGCGCCUGGGCUACGACCCCUACGCGAACCCGCCCGACUACGGCCACCCGGACCCCGAGGUGGUGGACAACACUCGCCGGGUCCUCAGGGGCGACUACAAGACGCCGGCCAGCCUCAAAGGGUACUUGCCGGUGACCCGCAACGACACCCGCUCCGCCCCGCCGCCCCGCGUGGGCGGCUCGUGACGUCCGGGUCUCGGCAGGGCUUCGUCGCCGGACGGACGAGGAGACGCGGCCUUCGGAGGGACGCCGGACCUCGGGUCCACGCACACGGCUCGCGGUCAAGUCGCCGGAGCGGGACUGGGGACGAGGGACGUACCUGCAUUAUGUUUGCAAACCUUGAAUCCUUGGAAACGAAGCUGGAAACUCUGUGCGUGGACAGUCCGGGGCGGAGAGCAGAGUGUGGACGUAGUCCCGCUUUUGAAACUUGGGUAUUUUCUAUUUUCCCCCCUCAAGAACUUUUUUUUUUCCUUUUAAGAAAUGGGAUCUGCCAUCCUCCUUGAUUUGCAGGACUGCCCCAGUAGCUUUGCUGGCACAAGGCCUCUCCUAUCGACCCUCACCUCGAAUUCAAAGACUCUAUUUAAGAAUUUAGUACAUGAGGCUUUCUUUGACCCCUCCUCAGUUCUACUCAGUUUCACAGAGGAAAAAAUAUAUAUGCAUUUGAAUAAAGUGAACAGUGGCUCAUCAAAAAAAAAAAGAUAAAAUAAUCUAGUAUCUGUAUGUAUUAUGUGUUCAUGAUGUAACUUUUUCUUAAUUUUUUUGCUAGUCUAGACUAUCUGGUUUGCCUGUUUUUUUCAAAUUGUCGCACAUCUCAAAAAAAACCUGCCAAUAUAUUAACUGGAAAAAAAAUCCAUGUAUAAGCAGACCUGUGGAGUUCAAACGCAUGGUGUCCAAGACUCAACUGUAAAAUGAAAUCAUGGAUAUAAAUGUUAAUAUAAAUAAAUAUAAAUGGCACAUUCUCAGUGACUUUAUUAUUAGGAGUAUUAUAGUUAUUCAACAUGUUAUACUCUGCGAAAUAAUGUGUGUUAAACUGAAAUAAUGAGACCAACGGCCACUACAUGUCUUUCAUGCCAAUUUCAACAAUCUCAAAGAUUAGCAGCUAGAGUCCACAACUGUUUAAAAAUACUAGAAUGAGCUGGGCGCGGUGGCUCACGCCUGUAAUCCUAGCACU